GAGCGAGCAAAAAGAAGGAGCAGCCCUCUCCGCCUCCGCCUCCGCAGUUGCAGUCGCAGCAGCGCAAACCGAGCAGAUCAAACUGAGACUUAAUUAAAUAAUAAUUCGCGCGCAGGCAACGAUCGAUUUUACACAGUCAAAAGUGCGCACGGCAGUGUUCUUGGUGUAUUUGGGUGGUGCUUGCUGCUUGGAGCCAUCCAAGUAGCGACAUUCUGCGCCCAGUGCUCAGUGCUGGUGGUUGCCAGAGGCAUUUCGUCGCUCAUUGUGCGUCAAGUGUAAGUACUACAAAAACAAAAACAAAAUGCUUGGCUCGGUUCGUUUGCUUGCCAUUUGCGCAAUUUGGUCGGCGUAAAAUGAGAUUGCCUUCGUGCUAAUUGCGGCAAUCGCUGGGGAUAGCCAUCUAAAAGAUCGAACCAUCACACAGAGAUCAAGAUGCUGAUCAUGUUGGCACUGGCGCUGGUCCUGCUGGGCAGCCGGGCCGCGAAUGCAACCAUCUCAAUGCAUCAACGCCAGCGCGACAGCACCGACAUUAAGGAGAAGAUCAUCGAGCUGCAGUGUCUGGCGCACUGCGAGAACAGCACCCAGCCGCAUCGCUGUGUCGACCAGUGCAAAUUGGAACUGUUGCGUGCACCCAGAGCCGGCAGCUGCCCCAGCAGCAGCAGCAGCAGCAGCAGUGGAACACUGCUCGUCAGUGCCCGACAGGCCCGGCUGUCGUGUCUGGAUAAUUGUGUCUACGAUCACGACUGUAUCGAGGUGCACAAGUGCUGCCCUUCCGCAUGUGGACCUAUCUGCCUGGAACCGCUGGGUGUGCGUAAUGCCACUCAGCUGCCGCCCAUACCGAAGAUCUUGCGAUACAAGCUACCUCGCAGCCACAAGGUGGAGCUGACCAUUGAGUCAUCGCUGUUGCCCUACUAUUUUCAUGUGGAGGUGCGCUCCCAUAUCGGACGACUCUUUGCGCCCCGUAAACUGGGCAUGUGGCAGUCACAACAAGUCGAGAAGAUACUGGAGACGACGGACGGACACAGCAAAUUCAUGGACAUCUUUUUCAACAUACGACCUGGUCGCUGGUAUCAGGUGCGAGUGGCGGCAGUGAAUGCAUUUGGUUUUCGCGGCUACUCGCAGCCCUCGCAUGCCUUUACCCUCUCCAGCAAUCCUAAGCCGCCGAAGGCGCCCAACGAUUUAAAAAUCGUUUCCAAGCACUACGAUGGACGGCGUUAUAUGAGCCUUAAAUUGAUUUGGUGCCCGUCCAAAUCGAAUCUGCCUGUGGAGAAAUAUAAAAUUAUUUGGUCACUCUAUGUGAUCAGCAAGGAGGGCUCUCUCAUCACACACGAGGCCUAUGUCAAGGACACGCAUCAGUUCGAUAUUAAGAAACUACUGCCCAACUCCUCGUACUAUAUACAAGUGCAGGCCAUGUCAAUAAGCGGUUCGCGUCGACUGAAGUCGGAUAAGAAGGCGCUGCUGUAUAAUACAACGCUGCAGUCCCUUGAGCCAUCUACGACACUCGACUGUCGAGCACACCAUAUCCGGCACAAGUAUCAUCACAGCAUCGGCCCAGCCGAGAUUAGCUCCACGCCAGCGAUGUACAUUAAUGAGGUGGCGCAUACAACGACGCCCGCGGAGCUGGGCAACGCCUCCUAUGAAGUCCGUUUCCGUUUGAACCGGAAAUUUGGCAUGAUUGUGCAAAUUUUGGGAUUUCAGCCACACAAGGAGAAAGUGUACGAGUUGUGCCCCCAAGAAACGAAUUGUGAGCAGCGCGAGUUUAGCGCAAUUCGCGUCAAAAAAGACUCGCUGGAGUUUAGUAAAUUAAAAUAUAACACAACGUACGUGCUGAAGGCAUUGCGGCCCAGUCCAAAUUCAGUGCUGGAUGACACCUCCAGGAAUGCAUUCACAUUCACAACGCCCAAGUGUGAAAACUUUCGCAAACGUUUUCCCAAAAUGCAAAUCAGAUGCAGCGUCGAUUAACUCUUGGUAUAAUUAUUUAACUUAAACUCGAGCUGGAAAUGUUGGUGAUACGAUUAUAAGGAUUAUUGCGCCAGCAUCCGGUUUCCGAUUACUUACCGACCAUGAGAUUAUACUAGCUUGUAAAUAAUUGUAUGUAACGACUUAACUUUUUUUUACUUAUUGUUAACUCUAAGUAUAAUAGAUAACACACUGAAUCUUUCGCA